AUGGGUGAGAAUGGAUCAUUGGCGGUUUCUCCGAACGGGCUAUUACCGGGGAAGGCUGCAUCCGUGACACGUCACCUCGACGCGGAGCGAUGGUCGAAGGCGGAGGAUGUAACCGCUAAGCUAAUCGCUUGCAUCCAGCCGAAUCCUCCUUCGGAAAAUCGCCGAAACGCCGUUGCGAGAUACGUGCGGAGACUUAUCAUGGAAUGCUUCCCUCCUCUCCAAGUUGAGAUCUUUACAUUUGGAUCGGUUCCGUUGAAGACUUAUUUACCAGAUGGAGAUAUUGAUUUAACGGCCUUUAGCACGAACCAAAGCUUGAAGGAUUCAUGGGCUAAUUUGGUUCGUGAUAUGCUUGAGAAGGAAGAGAAGAAUCAAAACGCUGAGUUUCGUGUUAAGGAAGUCCAGUACAUUCAAGCUGAAGUGAAGCUAAUUAAGUGUCUGGUGGAGAACAUUGUGGUUGAUAUAUCUUUUAACCAGAUUGGAGGUUUGUGUACUCUAUGCUUCCUUGAGGAGGCUGAUUUGUUUAUAAACCAGAACCAUUUGUUCAAGCGUAGUAUCAUAUUGAUUAAAGCUUGGUGUUAUUACGAGAGCCGGAUUUUGGGAGCUCACCAUGGGCUUAUUUCAACAUAUGCUCUUGAGACCUUGGUUCUUUACAUAUUUCAUGUUUUCAACAACUCAUUUUCUGGUCCCCUCGAGGUUCUCUAUCGUUUUCUUGAGUUCUUUAGUAAGUUUGAUUGGCAGAAUUUUUGUAUUAGCCUUUGGGGUCCUGUUCCAGUUAGUUCACUACCAGAUGUUACAGCGGAGCCUCCUCGAAAAGAUGUUGGAGAGUUAGGAAAGAGCCAGGUGUUUCUUAAAGAUUGUAGUAGAGCUUAUGCAGUUAACCCUGUUGCUCAAGAGACACAGGGGCAUCCUUUUGUUGCCAAACACUUCAAUGUUAUAGACCCUUUGCGUGAAAACAACAACCUUGGACGCAGUGUCAGUAAAGGUAACUUCUUUAGGAUACGAAGUGCAUUUGCUCUUGGUGCAAAGAAGUUGGCUAGGUUACUUGAGUGCCCUAAGGAGAAUUUGAUCCAUGAGGUUAACCAUUUUUUUAUGAAUACAUGGGAAAGACAUGGCAGUGGUCGUCGUCCUGAUGCUCCUGGAAAUGAUCUAUGGUUAUCAAGACUGGGAGAUCCUGAGCCUUGUCUUCAAGCUGAAAAUGGUAGUAAUUCUUCAAGCAGCAAAAGAAACCAAAAUUCCGCCCCUCCCAGUAUGCCCUCUCGACAGAAAAACGGUGGAACGGAAGUUAUAUCUAAAACAACGUAUCAAACCCAGAAGAACUGUGGUGGUAACUCUUACCAACUUGCUCAGGAAGUUGGGUCUAAUCAAAAUGCUUCAAAUGGUAAGCUUCAGCAAACUGUUAAGCCAGAAAUCAUGGUGAAUAAUUUUCAUGGAAGGCAUCUCUUUGCCAGGACACGGUCUAGCCCUGAGCUUACUGAUACAUGUGGUGAAGCUCUUUUGCCAGCAAGGCGUAGUAGAGCCUCAGAAGCUGGAAAACGCCUAACUAAUUCCACGAGGGCUGAUAGUAUCAAGGAAAAAAAUCUAGAGUCUGAGAGUUUGUCAAGCAGUAUCAGAAAUGCGGCUGACUCAUCUUCAGUUAGGCAUACACCGUCCCCUCGAAGUCCUGAUAGUACUGUUGACAUGAGUAGUGCAGUGAACAGUUAUUGUGAUGAUUUAGGUUCAGUUUCUGUGAAUGAAGAAUUCUCUGCAACAGGGGAACAGGGAAUGCAACAGGAAGAGCAAGAUCUUGUUAACUCGAUAACAUAUGUUACCGGGCAAGGUUUUAAUGGUCACUUCCCUUUUCCUUUUAAUUUUUCUACUGGCCCCCACUUACCGUUUCAGAUGACACCUGCCGUCUUAGCUUCAAUGGGAUAUGGUCAUAGGAAUGUGCCUGGUAUUGUUCCUUCUAACCUUCCUUUCAUGGAAACACCUUGGAGUACCAAUAUGCAAUUUCCGCAAAACUUUGUGUCUCCACCAUUUACCCAUUAUUUUCCGAGUGGAUCCCAUCCAAUGUCAGAAAACCUGAGCAAAUCUGUGCCACCUGGUUAUCUCCAGGGGCGUUUACCAUGGGAUGGUCUUGGAAGACCUCUUGCUUACACAAAUGGAGCUAAUCAGCUCAUGACCUACGGACCUCGUCUUGUACCCGUUGCUCCUGUUUCCACCAGGCCACCUAAUAAUAUUUAUCCUCGUUAUGCGAAUGAAACUCCCAGAUAUCGAAGUGGGACGGGGACCUAUUUUCCAAAUCCUAGAAGGGAGCAGCGGCCUACAUCUGGCAUGAGGCGAGGGAAUAAUUAUGGACAUGACAGAAACGACCAUCAAAGCGAGAGAGAAGGAAAAUGGAACGCAGGUUCAAAGGCACGGGCCUCUGGACGUAGUAGUAGCUACAACAAUCGUAAUCAAGUUGAUAAUAAUAAGCCAAGGCAAGACCACCGAUCCGAUAGGCAAUGGGUGUCAUCGUCGUAUAGGCAUGAAUCAUCCUCAUAUUCGUCUCACCAACCUCCUAUGCGCUCACAAGAUGCUUCUGGGAAUGUGGCGUAUAGCAUAUACAGACUGCCACAUGGCAUGAAGCAGAACAGUGAGGGACACAACCCUCCUCCAUCUGCCAUGAUGUUUUAUCCGUACGAUCAGAACAACUCUGUGGAUGAAGCACCGCAUCUUAAUGACGGCAACCAUUCAGCUGGUGGUGAGGCAUUUGAAGAUCAGCAGCCAAGGUAUCGUCGUGGUUCUCACACUGAUGAUCCUUCCUCGCCUCGCUUCCCUAG